AUGCAAAAACUCUUAUCUGUCCGCAUCGGUCGCCUUGAAAGCUUAUCUCGGCGAGGAUCUUGUGUUGGUGACUGUCCGCCGUCGUCUCAUCGGCCCCUCUCGAAUCACCUUCGAAAGUCUUUCGUUUCCGCCUCCGCCACAGAGUUGUUCGAUCGUCGAUUUCGUCGAUCCAUACGUUCAAUAUAUGGAAAAGUUGCUGGUUUCGUUUGCAACUUCUUCAAAGGGAAUCACAAGGCGUUUGCUACACCUUUUUCUUUUGGAAGUCUCUAG